ACCUGACGGUUGUGCGGUUGCAGCCAGCGGGUUCAGCAUUUGAUACACGGGAUUGGAAAUAAUCACAAAACAAACCAUAAUUUCAGGCCAAGAAACUAAGACAUUUCCCGGUAAAUCCGUUCUCUGUUUCCCCUCGCUUGCACAAUGAGUGCCUGCACCCCUAAGUCGCUGGCUUCGUCUGGACAAAAACCCAUUCAGGAGAUGUGCCAUCCGCUCGGAGCCGAGGAGGCAGUUCUCACACCCAGUCCAGAUGUCAGAAACAUCACUAGCAGCAUUGGAGAGAAGGACCAAAUUCUGCCCAAUGGGACGCCGGUGGAGACAUCUAGUCCCUCCUCCUCGUCUUCCCUCCUGAACCGGCUGCAGCUGGAUGACGACCUGGAUGGAGAAACACGUGACCUCUUCGUCACCGUCGACGACCCGAAGAAACACGUCUCCACCAUGGAGACCUACAUCACCUACAGAGUGGUCACUAAGGUGGGUAGGGUCCUCUCGCAUGCUCGCUGUCUCUCAGCUCCAUGGAGAGUCAAUGUGUUUGUGGAGAAGCAGUCUGUUACCCUCUGGAGGACACGUGAUGCUGAAGGACCUCUAAUCUAG